AUGGCUGCCGAGGCGACGCUCCGGACCUGGCUCGACGCCGUCAAUUCCUUGCUGCAGCAGCGCAGAUACCACGCGGCGCUGGCCCUUGUCAAGGGCUUCCGCAACGGAGUAGUUUAUGGAGCAAAAAUCCGUGCCCCCCAUGCUUUCCUGAUGGCAUUUCUCAUCGGACGUGGAAGCUUCAGGAAGAAAUUGAAAGGAAUUCUUUGGGCCACCUACAUUCAUGCUAGAAAUCUGGCAUGCUUUGUGUUUACAUACAAGGGUCUGAUGGCCCUACAGAAGCAACUUCAGGGAAAGGAGAUUCCACUUCAUUCUUUCCUCGCAGGCUGUGUUGGCGGCUACUUAUGGUUUGGGGAAAAUCACAGUAUCAACAGCCAGAUAAACAUGUACCUGUUGUCUCGUAUUCUGUUUGGCUUAUCUCGAGUGGCAGUGGAGAAGGGUUACAUCCCAAAACCAAAAUAUGAUCCUUUCCCACUUAUUGCUGCUCUGUUUUCUGGGAUUGUUUUCUGGCUCUUUGAAUAUCACCGGCACACUCUACAACCAUCACUGCGAUCAUCCAUGACCUACCUGUAUGAUGACAGCAAUGUCUGGCAUGAUGUUUCUGAUUUCCUUAUAUAUAACAAAAGACCUGUGAGUAAAUAG